AUGGCGAGUCCCAGCCAACGCGCCAGAGAACUGCGACGCAAUUCCACCGACGCCGAGCGUGUGCUGUGGCGUUUGCUCCGCUCCCGCGAUACGACUGCCCACAAGUUCCGCCGUCAAGCUCCUAUAGGGCGGUACAUCGUCGAUUUUGUUUGUUUUGAUCAGCAGAUCGUCAUCGAGGUGGAUGGAGGGCAACAUCAGCUCCGUAUCCAAUACGACCGUGCCCGAACUGAGUGGUUGGAAUCCCAAGGAUCCCAAGUUUUGCGGUUCUGGAACAACGAAGUUAUGACGAAUGAGGAUGGCGUGAUGGACAAAAUCCUGGCAGUGUUGCAGGGAAGGGGUUCACCCUCACCCUAG